AUGGCGUCGAAUGCAGACGAGAACGACACACGCCACGUCGAUCCAUUGUCGAUUGGUGCGCCGGCGACGUCAACAUCUGCGGAUGCUGCCGACAGCGACGCGAGGGUCGAGGUACAGGGUGCGUCGGUGCACGCUGUCGCGUCUAUUCUUGCCCCUCACUCGACCUCCGGUAAAUCCGACCGUCUGAGUGAGUUGAUGUCGCCUCCGCUGCUCUCCACAACGCAGUGUCAAGACAUCGAAUUGCCGAAAACUAGCGGCGCGGUCCGCCCACCGCCUCCGGAGAAGCCGGCGACACCGCCCCUGAGUCCGGUGGCGGCAAUUUGCUCCGUGCGGCUGUGCGCGCUCAGCGACGCCGUUGAGCUUUCCGCCGGCUCCUUUGACACCUUUACGCCUGAUCCACCGCUGACCCAGCGCGACAGCAAAGGGGAGCCCUCGCCUUCCGCGCCACUGACGUCUGCCAGCGCUUCUUCUCCACUCGCACGCGUAACAGCAACGGAAGACGCGGCCGCAUUGUUUGGUGAUGAUGCCUUUAGUGUUCAGAGCCGUCGGGCGUUCUUCAGCGUCGCGGCAGCGCCAGGCAUUCCCCGGCAGACCUCCCCCGUCGCGGCCGUGCCUUCGGCGAUGUGCGACAGCGCGGAUAGCAUUCAAAGUCAGUCCUGCUCCUCUAACGCUGCCGUCCCCACGAUCGGGGAGGCCGUCGCAGAUUUGUUUCACCAUGACCCACCGCUCGCCCUCUCCGCCAAUGCAUUCAGCCGCGCGUCGAAUGCGCCACUCACAGCAGAGGCGUCCUCCAGCUUCAACGACGCCACCGUUCGCAGCCUCCCCACCUCCGCUGCCCGUCGCCUGUCAAACCUCAACCACGCGAGUGGUCACGCGAUUCUGACGCCCGCGGGUGGUGGAGGCGGAGAGGUGUCCGCGGCAGCGUUUGAUGCCGUUCCGUUGGCCACAGCAGCUAAUCCGUCGGCGAUGCUGCCCGUUGCCCUGACCAGCGAGCACCUUCUCUCCUCCUUCUACCCGACGCAUGGCCUGAGCCAGUCCUCCGGCUUCUUUCAAAGCGGUUUGUUUCUCGCGCUCGAGGACGAUGCAGACACGCCGGCUGCGGCGAUGGACGCGCCAAUGACGCCGCAGAGUUACUCCAACUUGGUGCAUUCCCGCAGCGACUCACCACGGCAGAGUCUCAUGAGCAGCCGUCACCUCGCAGCACCGGGCGGAGACGGCAGCUCCGGCAGCACCACCAACGCGGCGGUCGCCAAUGUCAGCGUCGGAAGCGCCUGUCGCCGGUCUUCGCAGCGGGGGAGGGGCGCCGCGCCGCUCAGCGAGAACGAAGGGUGGGCAGCGUCGGAGACGACCGACCUGCGCGCCCCCGACGAGAACGCCGACGGUGUCGUGGUCGCGCUGCAGCAAUGGGAGGUGAAUGGCGGCAGCUGCGGCGGCAGCUGUGGGAGCCGUGGCACGGACAACACCGCCCAAACGAGCAUGAACACCUCCGUCGCCUGGACACUAUGCGAGCGGCACGGUCUCACUGGUGGUCCUACGACGUCGUUCGGGAGCAUUCAUUUGAUGGGCAGUCACGCACAGCCGUGCACGAGCGCCGUCGAUCCGGCGGACAUUCCUUCCACCCCCACCGACCUGGCGAACCUGCCCUACCCGCCGCCAGCGCACGCGGAGCACCGCCGCGGUCGCCACCACGGUGAGAGUGACGACGAUGACGGCGACGAGACGGACAGUCGUGCAUCGGACCAGGAGGACACGGACGCGGAGCCGGAGGUGGUAGAGACGAACACGCUGCUGCGUGCACGCGCCGUCUCCGCGGACGGACGCAGCUCAUACGAAGUGAUCAACGAGAAGUACGUCUUGUACGACCUCGAGCUCGGCAAGGGCUCCUACUCGCGGGUGCACCUGUGCUAUUGCCUGCACGACAAGUGCUUCUACGCGGCGAAGGUGCUCGACAAGGUGCGUCUGAAGCGGCGCCAGCUCGGGUCAGACUACGAUUUGAUCAAGAUGGAUCAGGAGAUAACCAUUAUGAAGCAACUGCAGCACAAGAACAUUACUGGCCUACACGAGGUGAUUCGUGACCCUAACGCCCGCUACGUCUUCCUCAUCCUUGAGCUGGCGGAGUGCAAGGAGGUAUUAUCGAUGAAGGAUAAUGGCGACGUCGUUCCCAUGGCCAAUGGCCGCACCGACUACCCCGAGGCAACGGUGCGGCACCUCGUGCGCGGUGUGCUGCACGCCCUGAUGUACGCGCACUACCUUGGCAUUGCUCACCGCGACGUGAAGCCGUCGAACGUGCUGACGACGGCGCACAACACGGUGAAGUUGUGCGAUUUUGGCGUAGCCGUCCUUGUGGGCGAGUCCACCAUGCAGCUGCGCCGCGAGGGCAGCGUGGCCUUCCUGGCACCCGAACUACUCCUGUCCAGCAAGGUCGACGUGUCGCGCUUCGUCUCGCUGGCGCAGUCCACGCACCAGGGGUCGCGAGACACGGCAGAAUCGGGGGAGGGUAUCAAGUCGGACAGCCUCCCCGCAAGCGCCUCCAACGCAGCCACAACGGCGGUCUCGUGCCACGCAACGGAGCUGAUGGAGGAGGUGGUGGCAGGGCAAGACAGCGGCGACUGGGAGUCAGAUGCACUGUCGAACCCGCUGCUGCCAUCCACGGCACCCGCAACGUUCAGCGUGCAACAGCAGCAACAGCUCCGCCAACGUCUGGUGUCGCCUACCGUUUCGCGCCAAGUGUCGGCGGAGUUCAGUGAAGGCAGCAACAAUUGUAACAAUAGUAACAGUGUGAAUAUGAAUAGGAGCGGCGUUGCUGCUGCGGCCUCGGCGAGCACCAGCGGCUUCCCUCCGCUGGCUGCUGUCAAUGUCGCACCUCGACAGCGCAGCCGACCCACCAACAGGUCUUCUCUACGAACGUCGUCCCUCUCCCUCCGCGCCAGCGCUGCCGUCGCCUCGAGCGGGACGGGCGCGGCUUCGCAGUACGCUUCGUGGCUGUCCAACGCGUGUCCCUGCUCCACCGUUGACCUCUUUAAAGGUGACGUCUUCUCGUUGGGGGUGACGGUGUUCACGCUGCUGAUGGGGCGCCUGCCGUGGCGUGCAUCGAGCGCAUCUUCGCAACUUGCCGCCGUGCUAGACGAGCCGGACCCGUUUCUGCGCUUGUACAAGCAGGCCUACGGCGACGGUUACACCUGGCCGCCGGCGACGCAGGAGGCGUACGCACCGUUUCUGGCUUUUACUCUGCAUAGCGCCCCCCACACCAGCAACAGCAGGUUCGCUGCGUCACGCGUCGGCUCCUACGGAUGCGGGGAACGUUAUGGCAGUGGACGGAGCGGGGAUCGGCGUGGCGGCGUGACGCCGCUGGAGACCCGUGCGGUGUCCUCCUCCGACGAUGACGACGACAGCGAGGGUGGACAGGAGAGGUCGCCUUCCAUGGACCCGGUGCGUACUUCAGCACCCCGCAUGCCGGUGCUCACCCGCGCUGGCUCGUUGGAUGCUGUGACGACUGCGCCGAAGAACACAUCUCUGCACUCCAGCCACCGCCGCUCCAGCAAGGCGGGCUGCACCCCAGAUACGGACUUGACGACGACCACGACGCUCAGCGGCACGGUGAGCAGCCGGAGCCCGCCGUGUGGCGUGGCGGGGACCGGGCUGGGCGUCGCUGUUGACGCCGGGUCGCCCUCGUUGCCACCGGUCGGCUCCGACGGCACGCCUCGUGGUCCCGCUGCCGCACCGCACGUCGCCUCCGGCCAGUUCACGCCGUCCAGCCUCAUGCACAGCAUGAUGGAGGGCAACGUGUGCACCUUUCCCACUUCAGCGGUGCCCAACGAGCUGCCGUCGGCGGGGCCCUUUGCCGCCGGCGCUCGUCGUGGUGAAGCGCAUACCCGGUUGAGCUCAUCUCCCACAGAGCUACCGCGGCGGCACAGCGAGGCCGCACCGGAAGCACAACACGCGGAGGAAGGGGAGAGUAUCACGCGGGACGACAAGAGCAGCCCUGCACAUCGAACCUGCCAGCAUCCGCUGCCUCCUUGCCCAAGUGUCGCCGAAAGGGUGCUCGAAUCCGCUUCCGAUCGCGCAAGCGCUACGGCCACCGCGAACACGCACACCUACAUUGGGUGGAUGUCGACGACGGCAACGUAUCACCAGGGAAGGAGCGGCGCUGUGGGGAGCGUAGAUCCUGAGCGUCUCUCUGCUGAAUCCCGCACGGUGCCGCCUACAGCGGGUGAUGCGGGCGAACGGGUUGGGGACACGUCGUUGCUGCGCUUUGCAGAGUGCAAAGGGGCCGAGGAGACGGAGCGGCGAUCGGUGGAGGCGGUGCCGACUUCUGCGCCUCCACCCCCUGCCAGUUCUACUCGUGCGACCUCCGUCACCGCACAUACACAGAGCGGCGAUGACGGCAUGCGUGUCAACUCCAUCACGCACCUCAGUGAGGCAAAGACGGAAGCAGCGGAUGAAGAUCAUGCGACGAUAGAGGAAGUAGAGGGCGCAAAUGCACGGUCGGCAGGCGUUGGCGCAAUAGAAGACGGCAUCGAAGACGACGAGGGUGCAAGGAGCGAACGGUCAACGGCGUCUGCGACGGCUUUGCAGAGCGCCGCGCCUCGCACUCACCACGAAGAGGUAGAAGAGGAAAACCGAGAGGAGCACGAAUCCGACAGCGACCAUGACGAAAGCCAACCAAACGUUCCGCGUGAGGGACACAGCUGCAGCGAGCACUACGACGCAACAGACGAGGAGGAAGGAGGAGUCGACAACAGUCCCUGUGACGAGGACGACGCAGAAAGCGACGGACAGGCCGACAACGGUCAUGCGGGGGUAGACGGCAGCUCCGACGACGAGAACAUCUACGAGCAGCUCUACGAGGAGGGCCAUCCCUGCCGCUACUACGCCGUGGCCGAGACGUGUCCGCUGCCAGCGCUGGGCGGCGAGGGCGGCACGCGGGCGAUCAGCGCCGCCGCCGUCGACUUUGUACGCGCGUGCCUGUCGCUGGACCCCGUGCAGCGCCGUACGGUGUUUGAACUCUUCCACCACCCGUGGAUUUCUGGUGUGCUGGCGGACGGCAGCGGCGGCGACGAGUUGUCGGCGCAGGAUCGCAGUCACGGCGCCUCGUCUUUCACCGACGAGGACGACGGUGACAAGGACGACAGCGAUGCACACAGUACGCACCGAGACUGUCCAUCUGCGGGGCAAAACGAGAAGAAAGAGGAACAGGAGGUCAGCGACACGAGUAACACCGCGAGGGAUGCGGCUGCUGCUUCAGAGACCUACGCGGCCAGUCGACUCCGCCAUUCGCCUGCUUCGUCGGGGGUGCCGCCGACUUCGCUGGAUGGCAGCUGCCUCAGCGCGGCGAACGUGGAACUCGGCAGCAGCCGACGCACCGCGGAAGAAGGUGAGCGAGCUCUGCUGGACAGCACGGCGAGGGACGUCAACCCAGUCGACGUAGAGACUCCACGAACGGCUGACAGCAGUGCAGGUGUCAGGGCAGCGCGAGUGGCAAGGCUGCCCGACGGUGCUGCGUCGUAUUCUGCGUCGGCCGACGCCACCACGGCGCUUUUCAGCGGCGAAUCAGAGAACGUGAUGAUGACUGGCACGAACUCGACGCUGGCGGCGACCGCGACAAUGGUAACCACCGCGAGCGGAAGUGAGCUCGGUGUUGAGGCAAACUCGCGCUGUCCUCUCCGCAACGAAGUCGCAACGAGCGCAUCACCGGCAACCGUCGCGGGGGAGUUGCUGCACUCUCCACCCUCGCCGGACGCGUUGGCGCUUCCAAUGAGUAACCCCUCGCAGCCGCAGGCACUCGUCGUCUUCCUGUGCCAGUCCACGAACGAUCUCCUCGAGACGCUGACGGUGCAGCGCAGUUUGGAGGUACGUAACGCGCUUGUUCAGCCGCCGCCCGUCGCGGCCUACGACUUCGGGUCUUCCAAUUAUCCCCCGUUCCAUCACGCCCGUCAGCUAUCCUCCGCAUCGUCGCGGCACCGCCUGCUGAGCAGCCCCUACGGUGACCGCAGCAGCGGCACGACAUCGCCGUCGUUCGACUUGAGUGUAACGGCGACGCCGUUGGCUGGCACGCGUCAUCACGAUUCCCGUCAGCCCAGCUGUGAAGCACACGUCACGGUCAGCGGGUCCUUGUUGCGGACGCCGGUGACGGACGAGACGGCCGAUCGUCUCGUGCUCUCCGCCGUCUCCCAGUCCUCGCACUCCACCACGACCAACUCGAACAGCGUGGGGGUGGGCGGUCCAUCAGGCGGUGGCGUAUGCGACCUCCACCGCACACCCAGGGUGGCACGGACGUGCAACGCGGACCUCCUUCUCCACCGUCGACGUCGCUCUGACAGGGUGACGGCGCUGCGGAGCCGCUGCACGGUGGGCUCCAGCAGCGCGGCGACUCCGUCCUGUGUGACGGCGCAGAGCAGGCCCAUUCGUGCAGCCACGACGUCGCACGUGGACAGUCUGCGGUGGUCGACUUCCUCGGACCGUCACGACUCCUCGCUGGAGCACGUGUUGGAGGAGCUGGAGGCGGACGAGGGGAAGGGGGAGGGCGACAGUGAAGAGCUGAGCGCCAUGACAGGGUCGUUGCCAGAGUUGCUGACUCCGGCGUCGCGUACGGCUGCCACAAGUGAGGCCGCCGAGGAGGCGCCAUCGUCGCCUACGGAGGGAAAGCCGCCGUGGCAUGAUCAGGCUUCGUCUCCACCGUUACAGCCGCACGAAGAGGGCGCUCUUGCAUUCCCUUUACGCCGCUUUCUGGAAGAGAUUUCGCUACAUGACAAGAAGAAAUGA